AUGCCUCAAUCAGCAAGAAUGUUCAGCCAAAGAGAAAAUAAGAGCCGUACCCCGACCAACAGAGUGGCUGUGGUUACCGGCUCUACAAAAGGGAUCGGCUUUGCCAUCGCCCGCCGUCUGGCCCAGGAAGGGGCCCAUGUAGUCAUCAGCAGCCGGAAGCAGCAGAACGUGGACCAAGCUGUGGCCAUGCUGAAGGAGGAGGGGCUGAGUGUGACGGGCACCGUGUGCCAUGUGGGGAAGGCUAAGGAUCGAGAACAUCUGGUGGCCAUGGCACUGGAGCAUUCUGGGGGUGUUGACUUCCUGGUGUGUGUUGCAGGGGUUAACCCCUUGGUGGGGAGCACUCUGGGAUCUAGUGAGCAGAUUUGGGACAAGAUCCUGGAUGUGAACGUGAAGGCUCCAGCCAUGCUGCUGAGCCAGCUGCUGCCUCACAUGGAGAACAGGAGGGGGAGCUCCGUGGUUCUGGUCUCAUCUAUGGUGGCUUAUUUGCCUAUACCAGCACUGGGAGUCUACAACACUAGCAAGACUGCCCUGUUAGGUCUCUGCAAGUCACUGGCUGUGGAGCUGGCACCGAAAGGCAUUCGAGUGAACUGUAUAGUGCCAGGAAUCAUCAAUACUGACUUUAGCCAAGUGCGGAAGUCAUUGACCCACGUCCAACCUGCCAUAAAGGAUAUCUAUGGAUUGCUGCGGACUGGGGAACCAGAAGAAUGUGCAGGGAUCGUGUCCUUCCUGUGCUCUUCAGAUGCCAGCUUCAUCACUGGAGAGAACAUUGUAGUGGCGGGCUUCUCCCCUAAACUAUGA